GCCAACCAGUAAACGGCACUCUGAUUGGCCGAGGCAACACGCCAAGCUUUUGGCGCGAUUCUUCGAAUUUCAUCGACCGUCUGUCUCUCAGUCUCUGGUUUGAUCUCUGUGGAAGCAAGUGGCCGCUCGGCUCCGUUCAGCGUACAUCAAGAAUCACCGUUUUCCACUAAGUUGAAAUUGGAUUAAUGAAAUUUGAUGACACAGAGGAUGAAACAAAGGACCGCAGAGAGGUGUCUGACAGUGAUGUGCAGAAUGAGAGGCCGCCACCCAAACGUCGACGCAUCCUCGACCCCUCAGCUAUCGUCCCGGUGCCGGUCUACUCCAACAAGGUGAGUCGCAGUCUGCAGCUGAAGCCAAUGACUCCCGUGUUCACAGAAAAGGAAAGCGCAGAUGACGGUGCAGAUGCUGCAGAUGACAGCUUGUGGUCUCAGUUUUCAUCCCGAGGAACGACAGCAGCCGUCGUCACCCUCAGUGACUCAGAGGAGGACGAAGCCGAACAUGUGGAGAACAGAGCGGAACACAACAAACUAGAAGACAUUCGCUGCCCGUCUCCUCCACCACCUCAGAGUCCAGUCCAGAAACAGUCCAGACAGGUCAAACAGAAGAUCAGUGAGAUCAACAGGAGACUCCAGGCAGUGAACUCCCUCCUGUCUCCGGAGCCUCAGAGCAGGACCAGGUCCAGACGCCACCGAGGCCCACCGUCUCCAACGUUUGUGGAGGAGCAGGACGACGAUGUCAUCAUAAUGAGCCCUAACUCGGACUCCCAGAGUUCGCCGUACAGCUCCUCGGUCCGGGAGAUCCCCCUCAAGAUCCGCUGCCGAACGGACGUCCACAAGAUCCCGGUGCUGUCUUCGACGCCUUUAAGCGAUGUGUUGGCCCAGCUGUCCGUCAUCCUUAACGUCCCGCCCCCUCGCCUCCUGUUGUUGAGGGAGGAAUCUGAGCUGCCGUCAGGCUCCACCGUCGCUGAGCUCGGCCUCGGCAUCGCAGACAUUAUCGAGUGCGUCGUCAUGGCAGCUGAGGAGAAAGGCGAAGCCGGUGACAGCAGCAUCAUCACUGUUCGACUGCAGAGCAAAGAUCGAGACGCCUCGCAGGAGUUUUCUCUGCACAGGGACGCAGCACUGGGCUCCAUCUUCUCCCAGUAUCUGUCCAGGAUGUCUCCCAGUGCUCAGAGGAAGGUCCGCUUCCACUUCGACGGCUCCAAAGUGAAACACUGCCAGACGCCGGCUCAGCUGGACAUGGAGGACGGAGACAUUAUCGAAGUUUGGAUUUAAGCCUUUACACUGAUUUCAUACCUUCUGUGUGUAAAGUAAAUGUAAAAGCCCUGGUUUGGUCAUUCAGUUACUUUAUUUGACAAAGACACUUUAUUGUAAAUGUUGAAAAUACAAAGAUGCAAUUGUUCAGUUUAAAGUGGGAUUAUAUUUUUAGACUAUUCAAAAUAAAAUAAAAUAAAAUAUAAACAGUAGACUUAAACAAGACUUUAAAUCACUGUACACUUAUAUUUUUAUGUUUUUGUGACUGUACAAACAUUCAACUUGUUACUUUUUUACAUGGUCUUUUUUAUUGUUAUUGAAAAUGGGAAUAAUAGGAGUCGAUGUUUCUCAUCGAGAACAGACUCAUAUAGACAGAAAAACUUCACUUCAUUCUCACGAUGACUCUGAGCCAUGCCUGAGCUCUUUUGUGCAAAUGACAAACAGCUGACCAAGAAAUAUUCGGGAGCCAGGUCUCCAAUUACCUCUGAACCCUUGAACUUUGGGCACUGUGUGUUAAAGGUCGGUGUCUCCCACAGUUCUCUCUGUAUUCAUGUAAAACUACUCAAAUUAAAGCAGGUGCUGUUUUUUAGCACCUUUAUGCUGCAUCUUUAUUUCAGAUUGAAUGUUCUGAAGUUCAGAGCCCAAAGAAGAACUACAAUAAAAGGUAAUUAUAGAUGAUAAU